AUGGAGACAUGGCUCUUCGACCGUUCUGGGCCGUACAGUGGGGCCACGUUCGAUAUCCACGAGGAGCCCGAGAAGUUCAUCCAGGUCAUGUGCAGUUAUCUGAUGAUGAGCGACGAAGAGCUGGGCUUGGAUACGGUCACCAAGGAGAAAAACAACAAGCUAUUCAUCAUAAUGCCUGUUGAAACAUGCGGGAAGAAACCGAAGCGGGAGCUUGAACUCGACCCCAACCCGAUCGCCUGUCAGCGAGCGAUUGUCUGUCGCGGCACAUCCUACUUUCUUGCCAAGACUACGGGAGCCGACAAGUAUGAUAGGGUCGUGAAGUUCUCUUGGACUUCUAGCAUGCGACCACUCGAGGCGGACCUUCUAAACAAGGCAAACGAACGCGGCGUGAAGGGCCUGGCGAAAGUGGUUGGCUACUACGAAGAAGUCACCAGCAUAAGCAAGCUGCGUGAGAAUCUCGUCUUCUCGACUCCGCACAAGUUUCGUAGCGUGCCGCGCAGCGCCAACACAUCCUUCUCACAAUCACAACCCUCACCGAGUCGCUCUUUCAGUCUAAACGAUGAGUGCUUGUAUCUUCUUUCGCAUAAGCAAUCGGCUUUUUUUGAGAGCGGCUGCGCAUGA